AUGUGUCGCCGUUAUCGGGGCAUGCUAUCCUCCGCGAUGGAGAACAUGGCCGUCGAGAACGUUAACAACAUCGUCGGCACGUUGAAGCGUCGGCAGGUAGAAAUGUUCUCGGACGAGCACAUGGACGAGCACAUCAACAAGCGCCUUGCGACAGCCGCCGAUGCGCUGCAACAACGGCGGCACUGGCUCGAGUCUGCGAGCAGCGAAGACCUGGAUGCGUGGCGGCAGCGCGGCGAUCGCGCCGCGCUCUGCCGGCUCGCUUCAGACGCCGCGGGCGACGCCCACCCGAGCUUUCUUCAGCUCCUGCACGCGCUGCUGCACAGCCGCUCAUCUGAUGAGGAUGCAUCGCUGAUGGCUCGCGUGGCCAGUGUGCGCGACCGUGCCACGUCGGCUCACGCCGGCGGGCGAUUUGUUGCGCUUCACGAGGCAGCCGAGCUA